AUGAAGAAAUCAGCCUUGAGCUUCUCAGUUUUGAGCUCCCUGAGACGUGGGAGACGCUCUCCAACGAGAACUGGGCGUGAGGAUACCCCGGGGGUCUUUCUGAAAGACCUUGCAAAAGCGGCCAAGGCCCCCGGGACGGAACUUCCCGGGCCGCAGCGCGGUCUCUCGGCCACACCUGGCCGGGCGUGUGCCGCGGAGACCCCGGUGCCGCGCGCGCGGACCCCGCCCGACGAGCUGUCAGCGGCCGCGGAGCCCCGGCAGCCGCGGCGGCUCGCGCGCCCACAGCCCGGGCGGCCCCGGAGGCAGCGGCGGCCGCGGGACAAGGACCCGGGGUCGCACGACGCCCCCACCCCCACCCCGCGCCGCCCUCGGAGCCCUAGCCCCUGGCGCGGGGUCCCGGGCGGCCGCCGCCGCCGCCGUCGCAGCCGCCACCGCCGCCGCCAUCUUCUUCCUGCCCUCGGCGUGGCGCGCGGUGGCUUCUCGCGCCGCGGUGGGCUCGGCCGUCCGGGACCCCGCGCCAGGCUCCAUGCAGCCGGGCCGCGCGGCCGGGGACAGCGGCCGCCUCCGAGGCUCGGGUCGGGCGCCCGGCGGCAGCGGGCCGAGCGCGGCGGCGGACGGAGGGUCGGCGGAGGAGCCCCGGGGCGGCGGUCUCUGCGACCGCUGCCCGCCGUCUGCGAGGUGUGCGGCGGCCCGCCCGGGGCCCCUUUUGCAGGCUCGGUGACCGGAGUGCGCCGGCGCCGCCUGCCCGGUCUUGGCACCGCCUGCGCGGCCGCGGCAGCGAGGGCCCGGCUCCAGAUCCCCGACCCCCGCGAGCCCUGGCUCCAUACGUCCGCUAUUUGGGCUCCAUCUCCUCUGCAUAUUUAUGAUCUCCCGUCACAUUGUCUGGCCUCUGGGUUUCCGUUGACAGUUUCCAAAACACUCGAGCAAGAAGGAGCUCGGGGUUGCUGGCCUACAGGUGGGGGCGCGGAGGGGAAGCCCGAGGAGCCGGGUGCCGUGUGCGUUUCAAGCGCCCGCGGGCGUACUGCACUGUUUUUCGGGAUGAGGGUUGGGGUACGGCUUUUGGCCGCCGCGGUGCCCUUGCUCCGUCACCUGGGCGUCCACUUUGCUUAAACGCACCGUCCUUGGCCGCUCUGGGGUGUGACUCCGCACCGAGCGCGGCGUCAAGACCACCAGGCUCAGGAAUGGUGCAAGUGAAGAUGCUCCGUGAAGGGACCUAGGGAGGGCCUUUGCCACCUGCCUCCCACGUGGUUGCUGCGUGCUCCAUUUAGGGUGACUGUGGCGAGUCCAUUUGCCAACUUCAGAACUGACCUGUGUCUGUUGCCCUUUUGAUUAGCACAAGGAAAACUGUGAUUCUUCCCCUAACAUUAAGCUGUCUGGAAUUUUCCCUAGAUCUAAACUUGACAGCCAGCUAUAAACAGGUAUGAAUAGAGCAAAAUCGGGCUCAUGUUGAUUCAUCAGAGAACCUUGAGGGUCCUGUUGUCACUAGCGAGGACCUGGUUCCAGACUCUGAGCAAAUUUAACAGUGUACGGUCUGGGGCAGCAUGCCGAGAGCAGCCACCUGCCAGUCUUGACAGCAGGGUAAGAGCCCAGAUGAGGGAACAAGAUGGACUAAAAAGGCUCCAGAGCUGGCACCUGACCCUGCUUGGCCUCGGAAAAGGAGGAACCAAUGCCUUUGGAACAUCCUUACCCUUUUUCAUAGAACAGUUUGCAGGUACACAAUUCUAAAUAUUGCUGUGACCAUUUUCAUGAAAUUCUGUUGUGUUAUACUUCGUCAAAGCUGAGCCUUAAUCAAAAACAAACGGUCUGGUCAAAACUUCAGAGUCAUUUUGAAAAUCAAAAGGUAAUGAAAAUGUUAUGCCCUCUAAGAUUCCUUAUAGCUUAAAUUCUAUCAUUCUCUGACCUUUUAUAGUGUAAGACCAUCCUUCUUCCAUUGUUUACUGAUCGUCAAGAAGGAGGUAGACUUGUAUUGCUUGUUUGUGUCAGCUCUCAUUUAUUGCCUCACCACAAUUAGUGGCGUAUUGCCCCUGCCUUUAACUCAACAGGAGCUGGAAGGGAAGGAAUCUGAAAUCCUGUUUUCUAAGGCAGCCAGUUGUAGGAAUGGAUUUCUCUCAUUUUCUGUAUCAGGCCGGAGGAGAAACACUGUUCCAAAGUCUGUGCCUAUCAUUUAAAAUAGUCAGCAAAGAGGAAAGGAGCGCUGUGUCCAGACUAGGUACGAAGGUGUCACAUGCUGAGGAGCAAAGUGAAGACGGGAAAACAGACUUGCAGCUUCUCAUCGGCUGGGUCUUCCCUGGAGCUGGUUAUUUUAUUUAAUGCUUUGUGAAACUGCCCAAUUUCAAACCCAUUAUGAAGUCAUACUAGAAAAACAUUUUUAAACAGUAUAAAACUUUCAUUUCACACUACUCUUCCCUUGUAUAGGUUUUGGUCAUUAGACAAUCAAAUACCUUAUUGCAUACAAAACUCGUUUUCCUUGGGUUAAUUCAACUUACUGCAACUGAUUCAGAAUCCAGGAAAGGGUGUUUUCAAAUACAUAUGCUAAGUCUUGGUAAGAAAUAGUUACACAGCAUUGAAGCACCAGGUCUCUGAGGAAAAGAAUUAGGAGUUCAGAAACAACGUUUUUUAUAUCAGGUGUAAAAAGAUACAGGCCUAGAUUUAUAAUAGCACCAUUAGGAAACAAUAGGAAUGUUUCAAAAACAUGACAACUCUCACCAUUAAAGAGACGUCAGAUGGCAUUCUGAGUUAAACUGUAAGAGAAAAAUGAUUUUGGGGUGCCUGGGUGGCUCAGCCGGUUGAGGGUCCGACUUCGGCUCAGGUCAUGAUCUCACGGUUUGUGAGUUCGAGCCCCGUGUCCGGCUCUGUGCUGAAAGCACAGAGCCUGGAACCUGCUUCGGAUUCUGUGUCUCCCUCUCUCUCUGCCCCUCUCCUGCUCACAGUCUCUCUCUCUCUCUCUCUUUCUCUCUCUCUCUUACAAAAUUAAACAUUAAAAAAAAUUUUAAAAGAAAAACGAUUUGGAUGACAGUCAGCUACAGCAAUUUAACUUAGUUCAACGAAGAGUGAGCUGGUGUGCUAUUAAUAUGUCACUGUCCUAGCUGCUGAUGUAAGAAAUAACAUUAUUGAUGGGAAAUAGUUUUAAUAGAGGAAAGUGAAGAGUAAGAACAAGAAGUUGGGAAGAAUCUUAUAUGUAAACAGCAGAAAAGAGAAAAACUCAAGCUGAAAAACCUUUCUUAAGAAAGGGAAUUCUAUAUUCAAAGUUACAUUUUAAUAUACAUGUGUAACAACUUUGAUGAUAUAAAUUUAAUUAAGAGUUUGUAAAAUUGUUGCAUGUAUUUUUAAUUAAGCGUGUAUUCUUGUACCUUCUAAUUGUAAUGUCUAUCACAUGGCUAUCGUAUUCUGAAAAUAGCAAAGCACAAAAUAUCAGUUUUUAAAAUAAUGGAAAUUUGGAAAGAAGUAUACACAGUUUAAAAAAAUAAAUUGUAUAACUUCAUAUUUUAGUAAUUAAAGAUUUAACAGUUGUGAUUUUAUGGCUAAACAAAAUAAAUUGAAUGCAUUGUGCAUGAAUCCUGGAUUCAAGCUCCUGAAAACUGUCAUGAAGUCUAUAAACUGGUUCUCUGUGCCUUUUCAUUGGUAAAUGGGCAAAACCUAUUCUACAAUAGGAGCUGAAAAAAAUACUAUUUCUACUUUUCUUUCUCUUUUACAGAUAAUUUUGAAUGUUUCCUUUCAUUUAAACUUAUAGUAGGUUUUACUUUUCAACUACAAAGCAUUUUAUCUCAAUGGCACUUUAUAUAUGUGCCGCUAAAAUAUGUUUGAAAUUCGUUCUGUAUACUUUUCCUGAGUAACAAAAACAUCAAAUACUUUAUUUAUUUAUUUUUUUUAAUGUUUAUUUAUUUUUGAGAGAGACAGAGCAUGAGCAGGGGAGGGGCAGAGAGAGAGGGAGACACAGAAUCCGAAGCAGGCUCCAGGCUCCGAGCUGUCAGCACAGAGCCCAACGUGGGGCUUGAACUCACAGACUGUGAGAUCAUGACCUGAGCUGAAG